UUAUGAUUAAAUAUAAUAGUGAAAAUCAUUUUAAGUUUCAUAAUGUAAAGGUGUUUGAUAAAGAGAGAAUGAUAUUGUAUUUUAAGAGAAUGCCAAUAGAAUAGGAAGAUAAUGAUAAUUUAUAUAAAGGAUUGAAUUAAUUAAUAAUGAAGGAAAGAAUAGAGUAGACAAAAUAGAAGGUAGAAGAAGGUAAACAAGUAACAAGUAGUGUUAAAAUGGAUUAAGGAGAAUUACCGAAGAAUAGAACAUUAAUAAUAAUGAAUUUUGAUUAUGCAUUUGAUCGUAAACAUAUAGCAAAAGUGUUUAAAUUAUGUGGAAUAAUAAGAAGAGUAUAUGUGGGAUCAAUGAAAGUAGCCGAGAAUAAUAAGAAGCGUUUGUUACAUGUUGGUUUAGUGGUUUUUAAAAAUGAAUAUGAUUUGACGAAAUGUUUCGACAUUGAAUAUUUUUAGCACAAAAUAAAUAAUAAAUUUAAAAGUGCCCCAAUUAGUAGUAAUUAUGAGAAGAAACUAUUGUAAAACUAUGAAUCUGUGGAUGAGAAGAAGAAUUAAAUAAUCGAAGAGGCAUAAAAGGAAGGCUAUUAGAUAGCAAUGAAUAAAUAUGGUGAUUUUGAAACAAAUACAGAUAAACCUAAAUUUGAGAAAAGAAAUUGGGUGGGAAGAAAUAAAAAUAAAACUAAGAAGAAUAUUGACAUAGAAGAGAUAGAAUAAGUUAUUUAAGGAUUAGAUGAUAAUCUACCAUAAUAAAAGAAGAAGGAUAUUAUGAAAUUGUAAAAAGAGCAGCUGAAAUCACAAUUUAAAUAGGACAUAGAAAAUUUAAGAUAGAAAUAAAAGAAAGUAAAAGAAUGAGAAAAUUGC